GCGCUGGCCAUCCUGGUAGUUAGCUAAAGAAGUGUGUUAACAUUUAAGUAGGUUGUUUCUUAACCUACCUAUGUAGUUAGAAGAGAACAUUAACCUUUAUUACCUGCGUUUACCAGGCCAGCCUCAAACUGUCGGAUAUUGCCCAUAUACUUAUUACUCAUAUUCCACUUUAGUUAUAUAAACAUUUUGACUUCAAGGAAAGUCGAAUCAGUUGUCAUCAAACUGGUAGUUUCGACGGGCGCUCGUAGCGGGUUCAAAAAUGAAUUUUGAACAUAAAAUUUUAUUUUUAUACGUUUUGAGUAUUUUGAGUUCUGUAACUUGUGACCUGCAGCUCCCUGAAGGGGCUUCAUGUGUCACAAAAGGUGUCACAGGUACAUGUGUGAAUAUAUUCAAGUGCAAUUCAGCUGCUUUGUCCUAUUUGUUUGCAAACGCGGGCUAUGAUGUAGUAGAGUACGAGAUCCCUGAACUGCCUGAAAUCUGUUCUUAUAAGGACAAUGAACCAGUCGUGUGCUGCACCGACUGCGAGAUUGGAGAGGAGAAAUAUCGCAACACAGCCGUAGGCCCAUCUGGAGCUCUGGUGCACACCGAACAUUCAGUGGCUAAAGAGAAAUGCUACGAAUACUUCCAAAGGCUUCCAUUCAAGUGCCGUUUUCCUGGCUACUUCACAUUAACUAAGGAAUGGCUUGAACACCUGAAAUGCCAUAAUUAUACUUUAGGUACAAAGUACGUGGGUUUCACUACUGGGGGACGAAAUGCAGAACGAUGGGAGUUUCCACACGUGGCUUUGAUCGGAUAUGGGAGCGACGUGGAUUCUGCGCAGUGGUUAUGUGGAGGCUCGGUCAUCAGUGAGAGAUACAUACUCACUGCUGCACACUGCACUUCGACUCGAGUGCUGGGCAAAAUAUCGUUCGCUGCCCUCGGCUUGCUAAGACGUUCUGACCCCAAGGAAUAUUGGAAGAUAUACAGAAUUAAGAAAAUCAUCGUCCACCCGCAAUACAAAGCACCUUCCAAGUACCACGAUAUUGCUCUCCUCGAGACGGAAACCGAGAUAGCAUUCGGCAAUGACUUGUUACCAGCAUGCCUGGACACUGGCACCCAGUGGAAAGUGGUGGCUGGUGCAUCAGGAUGGGGACGUCUUGGGCACAGACAGGCUUUAGCUGAUACCCUGCAAGUGGUAGAUUUAGAAGAGUUCAAUGAAACGGAAUGUUCUUUCAUAUUCCCACCUCACAGACACCUGAACCGUGGCUAUGACCACAAUACUCAGAUGUGCUAUGGAUCCAAAUUUGAAGUUGUGGAUACCUGUGAGGGGGACAGUGGUGGCCCACUCCAAGGUCACUCCUCCAAGUGUCUCUACACCAUCGUGGGAGUGACCUCAUACGGCAAGGACUGUGGCAUCCUGGGCUCAGCAGGCAUGUACACCAGGGUCUCCCACUACGUACCCUGGAUUGAGAGCAUCGUCUGGCCUGAAGAAACUGAAGCCAGAAGGAAUAGGCUAGGGCUGCAGCAGAUCUUCAACUAACUUUUUGUACCAUGGAGAACAGACUAGCGGAGAUGCCAAAAUGGGAAAUCUCAUAAGAAAGUAGCGCGCCAAAAUGCUGGUGAGCGGGGGACGCGGAACGUUACUGUCUCCGCCCUUAUACGCCUUCUUUGGAGCUAAACAGUUCUUAGUUUAAUCAAAAAUCGUUGCUAUGUCUCAAAGCAACCUGUUGAGUUCAAUCGUAAUUUUUUGUUUUGGUCAUGCCCGUUGUACGUAUUUGAAGAAGGCACCUUAUCUACCUGCAUUAUGGCAUCUCCGGUCAUAUUUCCUUACUCCGUGUAUUGUACUUCCUUCAGAUUAUUGAUGACCACGUUAGAUAAUAGAUGGCCAUGAUUGAUAGUCAGUGUGUUUGUCUGUCACGCUGGAAGGACGAGGGUUAUAUUCCUGCACAAGACAAACAUUGCAUGAACAUGAGUGUUUUAAUUUAGUUUAAUUAUUUUUUAUAUACUUAAGUAUGUAAAAUAU